AUGUGGCCCGUCUUCUACGCGUUAGGCCAAAGAUUCUCGAACUGGCUUGUCUUCCCGAUCGCCACGAUCAUCGGCACCGUCGGAUAUUAUGCAGAGAAAAAGCUGAGGCCACGCCCACCACCAAUACCGUAUCUUGAGGAAUCAGUAAUUGAGGCUCGCCAAAGACGAUUACUGACAGCAACUGGAGAUGAGGAUCUGGCAACACAACGAGCACGAACCCUUCACAUUUCCGAGCCGGCGCGCGAGAAA